UGCUGUGCAUCAGAUCACUCACAGAGCAGAUACAUCAUGUCAGGUCCAGCAGAUAAAACCAGAUCCUCCGUGCCUGCGUUCAUGUGCUCCAAUAAAAAUCCUGUGAAGUAUUUAGGGCAGGAUUAUGAGACCCUGAAAGCCCAGUGCCUGGCAGCCAACACUCUGUUUGAGGAUGAGACCUUCCCUGCUAAUUCUUCAUCUCUAGGUGUGAGCGAGUUUGGACCUAACUCUGCUAAAGCGAAAGAUGUUACCUGGCUGAGACCCUCGGAGAUAAAACCCAAGCCUCAGUUUAUUGUGGAUGGAGCAAAUCGUGUAGAUGUUUGCCAAGGGUCUGUUGGGGAUUGCUGGUUCCUCGCUUCUAUUGCCUCUCUUACAAUGAAUAAGGAGUUCCUAUCCCUUGUGGUCCCUGAAAAUCAAAGUUUCCAAACAGACUAUACAGGCAUCUUCCAUUUUAAGCUCUGGCAGUACGGUGAGUGGUUGGACGUUGUAGUUGAUGAUCGUCUGCCUACAAAAAACCAACAACUGAUGUUUGUGAAAUCAGGAACAGAAAAUGAGUUCUGGAGUGCUCUGCUGGAAAAGGCCUAUGCCAAGCUAAAUGGAUCUUAUGAGUCUCUAAAAGGAGGCUUGCCCUUUGAAGCCCUUCAGGAUUUUACCGGAGGCAUUUCUGAACUUUAUUAUUUGAACGAGGCUCCGGGUGACUUGUUCCAGAUCAUCCAGAAAGCCUUGAAAAUGAAAUCACUUGUCACAUGUAGUACUAUUUCAGAUGCACAUGAAGUUGAAAAACGUACAAAAGAAAAUGUGAUUAAAGGUCAUGCAUAUUCUUUAGUUGGAGCCGUAGAGGUGUCCCUCGAUGUCAGAAAAGAAAAGCUAAUCAGGGUGAGAAACCCCUGGGGUUAUGCAGAAUGGAAUGGAGCUUGGAGUGAUAAAUCCUCUGAAUGGGACAAGGUGGACCCCAAAGUAAAGGCUGAACUUAACCUGCAGUGCGAUGAUGGGGAAGCUUGGAUGCCAUAUAAAUCAUUUACUAAUGAGUUCUAUCGAGUGGAAAUCUGUCAUGUUAGCCUGGAAUUUGCAUGUAGCGAUCAACAGCACACGUGGUGUUUAACACAAUUUGAUGGGAGCUGGAGGAGUGGGUUUAGUGCCGGAGGGCGUCCUAAACACUCAGAUACGUACUGCACCAACCCCCAGUUCAGGAUAAGGUUGGAAGAGCCAGAUGAUGAUCAUGAAGGUUCUACAGAGCAGCCAUGUUGUACUGUGAUUGUUGGCUUAAUGCAAAAGAACCGCAGAAAGAACAAACCUACAGGAGAAAAACUACUGACAAUUGGCUUCUAUAUUUAUCAAAUCUCUGAACAGGUACGUUGUUGCUGUUAUCCUGCAGAUACAAACUGCUACGGUCUUUGGAAAAAUAAAUUCUUUACCCAGCUGCAAACAGCUCUGAGGAAAAUAUGUUAA